AUGGCGGAUGUGAGCGAUCAGAAACCUGUCCCAAGACAUGGAAAUUCGGCCGCUCCAACUGACACUGGGGCUGAGAGUGACGAGGAAGUGUUUCAUGAUGCCCGGUUCCCUGCGGAGGAAGAGGCUGAGUUGGUGAAGGAAACUCACAACAUCAAAGCAGAAGCGAAUAAACUGUUCAGCUCGGCGUGUUAUGACCAGGCCAUCUCUUCCUACGACAGAGCCCUCUCGUGCUGCCCGAAUUAUCUUGACUACGAUGUCGCAGUUUUGCGAAGUAACAUUGCCGCAUGCUAUUUGAAAUUGGAAGAUUGGAAAGCAGCCGUUGACUCGGCAACUGCAUCCCUCGAUCGUCUCGACAAGAUAAUCCCUUCCCAACCCGAGAAUCCAAAGGAUUCGAAGAAACUGAAUACUUCAGGCAACGAUGCCGUGGUCGAAAUAUCAGGCGAUGACGCACAAUCGGAGGAGACAGAGCUCAAGCGUUUAAAGGAAUCGGAUGAGCAGCGCACCAAUGUCAUGCGGAUUCGGGCCAAAUCUCUCAUGCGACGUGCGAAAGCCAAGUCUCAAAUGAACGGCUGGGCAAACCUGCAGGGUGCCAUGGAGGACUACCAAUCUCUCUCAUCUAUGGAAAAUCUUCCGCCGGACGAAAAACGAAUAGUACAGCGGGCGCUCCGAGAGCUGCCCGAUAGGAUCAAAGAGGCGCGAGAAAAGGAGGUGGGCGAAAUGAUGUCAAAGAUGAAGGACUUGGGCAAUGGUAUAUUGAAACCAUUUGGUCUGUCAACAGACAACUUUAAGUUUGUUCAAGACCCCAAAACCGGCGGCUACUCUAUGAAUUUCCAGUCUUAA